AUGCCCAGCACAAUCCCCGAAGACGAAUCAAUGGUUGAUGCGCAGCCACUCGAAGACCAAGAAGUUGAUGCAGAGCAGCAACAAGAUGUUGAGUACUACGAAGAAGAAGAGGAGGAGGAGGAGGAGGAGGAGGAUCAAGUGGAAGAAAUUCUUGCCAAUGAUCACCAAAGAAUAACCAUUCUUCCCGGUGCCGUCGAGACAGCCGCCUCAUUCCAGUUCGAAGCUGAGGAUCAUACUCUUGGAAAUGCGCUACGAUACAUGAUCAUGAAAAACCCUGACGUGGAAUUUUGCGGAUACACAAUGCCUCAUCCUUCCGAAGCUAAAUUGAAUUUAAGAAUCCAGACUUAUGACUCGACUGAUGUAUUUACAGCUCUGGAGAAAGGGCUUGACGACUUGAUGGAUCUGUGUGAUGUCGUUACGGAAAAGUUUGUCAUAUCAAGGGAAAAUUUUGAAGCUAGCAAGAUGCAGCAUUGA